AUGAUUUUCAGUCGCGCAUUUGUGGCUUUGUCACUAUGCGCCAGCGCGAUUGCAGCUCCGACUGAGAAGCGUGCAGUCGACUUCAGAUGGGGCUCAGACAAGAUUCGUGGUGUCAAUAUUGGCGGAUGGUUGGUCUUGGAACCUUGGAUUACGCCGUCGAUCUUUGAUGGGGCAAACCAGGGUCGUCCGCAAAGGGACAUUGUCGACGAGUUUACCUUGGGCCAGAAGCUUGGCAAAGACACGGCGCUUAGUAUCCUGCGCAAGCAUUGGGACUCUUUUGUUAGAUGGGAAGACUUCAACAAGAUCAAGCAGUCUGGUUUCAAUGUUGUUCGUAUCCCUGUCGGAUUCUGGGCAUACGAUACCUUCGGUACAGCUUAUGUCAGCGGUGCGAAUGUCUACAUUGACGCCGCUAUCGACUGGUCGCGAAGUUUAGGGCUCAAGAUCAUCAUCGACCUCCAUGGCGCACCAGGCUCCCAGAACGGAUACGACAACUCCGGCCAACGGAUGGACGUCCCACGCUGGCAACAAGGCGAUACCGUCAAACAGACUCUGCAAGUUCUUCGGACCAUUCAGCAGAAGUAUGCACGGACAGAGUACCAGGACGUCGUCAUCGGUAUCCAGCUUCUCAACGAGCCUGCGUUGUACACUGGUCUUAGCCUGGACGUGACUAAGCAAUUUUAUCGCGACGGUUAUGGCCAGACUAGGGAGGUCUCAGACACCCCAGUGAUAAUUCACGAUGGUUUCAAGCCACCGAACACUUGGAAUGGUUUCCUCACCCCGUCAGAUGCAAACGCGGUAAACGUCGCUAUCGACCACCAUGAAUAUCAAGUAUUUGACAGCAACCUUCUUCGCAUGUCACCUGCGGACCACGCAAGAUACGCCUGCAGUAACUCUGAGACGUACAGUGGUGCGGAUAAGUGGACUUUUGUUGGCGAGUGGACAUCGGCCAUGACAGAUUGCGCAAAGUACCUCAACGGCUUUGAUCGCGGUGCUCGCUACGACGGCACCCUCUCAGGUAGCUCCAGAAUCGGGUCUUGCGACUGGCAAAACGACAUCUCGCGAUGGUCAGCCUCUUACAAAGAUGACUCUCGACGCUAUAUCGAGGCCCAGAUCGCCGCAUUUGAGUCUAAGACUCAGGGUUGGUUCUGGUGGAACUUCAAGACAGAGGGUGCGGCUGAAUGGGACGCCUUUCGACUUAUCGACGCCGGUGUCUUUCCGGCGAUCAGAAACGGUCAGGUGGAAUACAAGUUCGCCACUAUUUGUUAG